AUGAAGAUGUACAGAGCAGGAUUAUUGAUUCUAUCUCAACCAUUAUCUACAUCACAAAAAUAUAUUCCUGCAAUCCUCACAGAAGUCUCACAGAUAAUCAAAGAAACUUUGUAUGUUCACAUUCAACCACCUGUUCCAAAGCAAACUUUAGAAUGGAAAGUUGCUAAGGUACCAUGUAGUAGAGAGUUGCAGACUUACAUUCAGGAUUUCUAUUCCAAAACUGCUGCACUUUGUCUCGGCUUAGAUGUCUGCAUAUUAUUAGGACAUGUUUCUAACUCAUCACUGAACCCUAAUCAAACCCACAAACUUCUAAAAGGAUAUGACACUGUUGUUUUAGAUGAUACUGAAGCAAAUCAUCCAGAAAUUUUGAAAAAUGUUCAGAAGCAUUACUUGAAUGAAUUGAGUAAUAUCCCAGUUCACAAUCUGAAAACAUUUUCUACUGAGGAAAAGACAAAUGAAGUCAAAACAGAAGUAAGUUCAAUGAAGACAUAUGAUCAUGUAGCUCUGGGUGGAACGUUUGAUCGAUUACACGUUGGCCAUAAAGUUUUAUUGAGUGAAGGUUGUCUGCUAUGUGAGAAAAAGUUAACAGUUGGAGUUAGUGAUGGAGACAUGAAUAAAAAAAAGGUGCUAGUAGAGUUAAUUCAAGCUAUUGAAGAGAGACAAGACUGUGUGAGGAAAUUUAUUAUUGAUAUUAAACCUCAAAUUGAAGCUCAUGUAGUACCUAUACAUGAUGCUUAUGGACCAACUAUUACUGACCCUAAUAUUGAAAUGAUUGUAUUGUCAGAAGAAGUUAAAAAAGGUGGUGCUAUGAUCAAUGAAGAGAGGAAGAAGAGGGGUAUGAAAGAAUUAGAAGAAGAAGUAAUCUAUAUGUUGGAGGAUCCUUGUCAUUCAGCUAGUGAAGAUACUAAAGUUAGUUCUUCAUCACUACGUAGAAGAUUGCUAGGCACAUUGUUUCAUCCUGUCCAACCAUGCCCUAAUAUACCUGCUACACCAUAUCGUAUUGGAUUAACUGGUGGAACAUGUAGUGGUAAAUCAACUAUUUGUAAGAAAUUAGAGAAAAUAGGUGCUGGUAUAGUUGAUUGUGAUAAAUUAGGCCAUAAAGCAUAUCAAAAGAAAACUGUAGCCUAUGAAGCUAUAAUAGAUCACUUUGGUAAAGAAAUAUUAACAGAUACUGGAGAAAUAGAUAGAAAGAAGUUAGCUCCCAUUGUAUUCUCGAACAAGGCUCAACUAGAGAAACUAAAUGGAAUUGUGUGGCCAGAAAUAGCCAAAUUAGCUGAGGCAAAGAUUGAAAAAUAUAAACAAGAAGGUAUAAAAGUGGUAGUAUUAGAUGCUGCUGUUUUAUUGGAAGCCAGUUGGAAUCAAAUGGUUCAUGAAGUGUGGACAACUAUAGUUCCUCCAGCAGAAGCAGUGAGAAGACUAAUGGAAAGAAAUAGUUUAAGUGAAGAAGAAGCCAGUAAACGUGUUCAAUCACAACUUAGUAAUCAACAGAGAGUUGAUCAAUCUAAUGUUAUUUUAUCAUCUUUAUGGGAAUAUGAAUAUACACAAUCUCAGGUUGAUAAAGCAUGGGAGCUCUUACAGUCUAGAAUAAAAUCAUAA